AUGGCUCCCUCGAAGCUGAGAAGCACCUUUCCCGACGCCAAGGCGCCCGUCAUCAUUAGCGCGCCCAUGCUCGGCGCCGCCGGCGCCUCUCUCGCGACUGAAGUUCAUAAGGCCGGAGGAGCCGGUUUCAUCGCCGCUGGCUUCGACUUCUCUGAGUCCUCCGCCCAGAUGAAGGACAUGGACGCCGCUCUCACCCAGGCCCGUUCCCUUCUCUCGGCAGACGGAAACCUCCCGCUGGGCGUCGGCUUUAUCACCUCCCACGAGACAGCCGAUCUCUUUGUAGACAACGUGCUCCCGAUCCUGGCCCGCCACCGCGUCGCGGCCGCCUGGCUCUUUGCUCCGCACGAGGAACUUAAGCCGCAUGCUCAGAUUAUCCCUGCUCUGCAGAAGGAGGGCAUCAAGGCCUUCGUCCAGGUCGGCAACGUCGCCGCGGCGCGCGAGGCGGCUGCCGACGGGGCCGAUGUGCUCGUCGCUCAGGGCGUGGAUGCCGGCGGUCACCAGUUUUCGCGCGGGUGCGGUGUUGUCUCGCUGGUUCCCGAGAUCAAGGCCUUGCUUGCGACGGAGUUCGCGUCCAAGGAGAUUUCUGUCGUCGCGGCAGGUGGUAUCGUAGAAGGUUCCGGCGUCGCUGCUGCUUUGGCACUGGGCGCUGAGGGAGUAGUCAUGGGGACGCGGUUCGUGGCGUCGAAUGAGGCCAUGUCGGCGCAGCUGCACAAGGAGCUGCUCGUCAAGACGAAGGAUGGCGGCGUCAGCACUUGGAAGCACGAGUUCCAUGACAGGCUGGUGGACAGCAAGCUCUGGAAGCCGGGCUAUGACGGCAGAGCCAUUAUUGGUGAGAUCCACCGCGAGUACCACGUGCUCGGGGGCAAGACGGCGACGGUGGAGGAGAGCAGGGAGAGGCUGAAGAGCGGAUGGAGUGAGGACGAGGGGAAGAAGAUGAUUGGUAAGUGGGCUGGUGCAGGAGUCGGGCUUGUUAACGACAUCAAGCCGGCUGGGGAAAUUGUUGUUGAGGUAAGAGAGGCGGCGAGGAAGAGAAUCCAGGAGUUGGCUGGGUUGAUAUAA